AUGAGUUAAGUUAACAAUCAAGGUGGGGGUUAACAGAAUUUAAGAGUAAACGGGGCUUCACCCAAACUAGCCAAGACUAACAUCCUAAAUCAUUAAAAUAGUCUCAGCAAUUCCUUCAAAAAUGACUAGUUUCAAUUUCAGCAAACUGCCUCUAUCAAAGCUGGCUUCAUUUAAAAGCAACAAGUACCCACUGAUAAUGGCUCUAAAAAUAUAAACUGGGUCAAGCAGAACAAUAAGAAAAUCAAUUCAAAAGCCACUUAGCAACUAAAGAUUCAGCUAUAGGAUCUUGAUGAGGAGAUUUAGAAGAAGAGGCCUCUCUCUCGGUAUGACACGAGUAGUCUUGCUCUCCAAAAAAAGAAAAAUGAUCAGCUUGAUUAAUUAGGGGAAAACAACUCUUAGUCAAUUUAAAUACAAGAAGAAGAUUCUCCUCGGGAACUUUAGGUUAUUUAGCCAAGCAAAAUUAAAGCAGAAAUGACUUUUAUCUAGAAGGUCAAAUAAUGUUGUGGUGGGAAAAAGCAAAAGGAUAAUUCUCACUUGAUAGAAGACUAUUCAGAAGGAGAGAGUGACACUGAAUUCGAAACUCCCUACAGCUAACUAAACUUGACUGAAAAACACGAUAGAGUCAAAUAUCUUUGGCAUCGCUCUUUUCUUAAGGCUAAGGGAGCUGCUCAUAUACUGGCUAAAUUCGGAGAGUUGAAUAAGAAGAUAUACUUGCUUGGAGCUGCGAGGAAAGAUGAAGAGUAUGAAGACUAGAAUGCCGUGAUUCUGAGAACAAAGAAGUGCAUAAUUAUGCCUGAUGAGAAAGGUAAAGCUUAUUGGAAUCUUGUUAUUACUGCUCUGCUUCUCUACACGGCUACUUAUGUACCUUUCAGAAUCUCUUAUGUAGAUGAUAAUCCGAUUUACAUGAUUAUACUAGACACAAUAAUGGAUAUGAUCUUUCUAACAGAUUUGGUUUUAAGCUUCUUCUCUGCUUAUGAAGAUAAGAAAAUGGGUGUUGAGGUAAGACAUAAGUACAUAGCAAUCGCUUAUAUAAAAUCAUGGUUCUUCCUUGAUUUGAUGUCUUGUGUACCAAUAUAAUUGAUGGAAGUCUAGUAUGACGAAGCUGGUGGCUAAAAAAAACAAUAAACUUCAAGUGUCAAACUACUGAGACUAACAAGAUUGCCUAGACUUUACAGACUAAUAAGAAUUUUAAGACUUUUUAAGAUGCUAAGGCUUUUCAAGCAGCAGAGCUCAAUGAAGAGGCUAUUUGAUUCAAUAAAGAUGAAUGCAGGUAUUGUGAGAAUGAUAAGUGUCACAAUCACUGUAUUCUUCUUAGUUCAUUUAGUUGGAUGCUUUUGGUUCUUGAGUGCAAAACUUGACGACUUCAAUCCAGAUACUUGGGUAGUCAGAUUUGGGUAUCUUGACAAAGAUCCCAGCGUUCAAUAUCUUGCUUCUAUUUACUGGGCUUUGUAAACGCUGACUACUGUAGGGUUUGGAGAUAUAUACGCUAAAACAAUACCUGAAAAAGUUAUUGCAAUAUUAUGGAUGAUAUUUGGAGUGGGAUUCUAUUCCUUCACUAUUGGAAACUUAUCUUAGAUAAUCGCUAGUAUUGAUACUUAAUCAGCAUUAUUGUCUUAAAAACUUAGUAUACUUUCAGAAUUCUCUAAAAGAACAAAUCUGCCAACAGAUGUCAUGUUUAGAAUCAGAAGGCAUUUGGAAAAUAACAAUAAGCAUCAAAACAAUUUAGAGGAAUAAGAAAAAUUAUUGAAUGACUUACCAGCUGCUUUGAGAAGUGAAGUUGUUAAACACACUCAUGGUGAAAUAAUUUAAAAGAUAAACUUCUUCAGAGAAAAGACUCCCGAUUUUUUAUGGGCAAUUCUGCCAGCAUUGAGACCAAUUAAGCUUAUGCCAACAGAUGUUCUCUAUACUCAAGGAGACCAUUCUGAUGAAAAGGGAUCAUAUUUUGGAGACUCAGAUAUAUUCUACUAGGAUGAGAAUAAGGGAAGAGAUAGCACAGCUGUUGCUGACACAGAAUGCCACUUACUUGUAUUGAGUAGGAAGGAACUCAUGCAAUUAAAUGAUGACUUUGAGGAUAUGAGUAAAGAGAUGAAGGAGAUCGCCAAGGAAAGGAAAGCUAAUCACGAAGAGCUGAUUGCAGAAACUGUGGAAGAGCAUAUCAAAACUAAGAUGCAGGAAAAUCUCAAAAAUGCCAUUAUGAUUGGUAAUCUAAGGACUCCUAAGCACAAAGAUGAUCAUCAUAAUAUAUUCAGAAGUUAACUAGGCAGUAAAUCAAGAAGCAACUCAGGAGUAAGAGCUGGUAAAAAAGAAGAGUAUUCGUCUUCUAGAACAACUAAUAAUAAAGAAGCUAAUGCUACUAUAAGCAAUAACGUGUUCUCAGAUGCCAUUAGAAAGUUGAAUGUACCCUCAUAAAAUCAAUCUGGCUUAUCAGCUUCAGACAACUCUAAUCCACUUUUAAUGCCGCUGACUGCCAAUAUGAAUGACAAGAUAAAACAAAGAGAGAUCUAUGUCCAACAGGGCAAAAAGGAAUUGGACAGCAAACAAAAGAAAUUCAGAGAAGAUUACAAUGAGACACUAGUUAACUUCUAAAACAACAUGAACUUUCUGGCUAUUCAUGCAGAUGAGAUCCAGAACAUGUUUAUUAGUUACCAGAAAGAGAGACAGAGCAUAAUGGGAGCAAUGACUGUGAUGAAGGAAUAGGCUCAAUAGCUAAAGGCAAAGUAAGGAUUAUUAUUCAAAUUGAUAAUGCUGUUUUGUAGUUCUGAAUUUUUGAAGAGCACCUUAGAUAUGAUAAUUGAGAAAAUAUGA